AAAAGUUGUCUAGCAACCUAAUUAGCGAGAAAAAUCUAGUCAAAACAAAAGUCUCUAGCCGCAGAUGCCAUCACGCUGCUAUCAAAACAGUUAAAAUCGCUCUUUGCAUACGUGAUAGACUUAUCAGAAAACUGAGAGGGCGACAGCUGAGCGAAUUAGAAAAAAAAAAAACUAGAAAUACCAUAAACAUUAACCUUGGCUCGACUUCUUCGUCGCGCCACCGAACUUUCUCGGAAACUGAGAAAACGUAUUGCAGUUGGUAUCAGAAGAAGAGGAUCUCUUCACUGACGGGUGUUUGUUUGCGUUUUGUUUAUCAACCACACGUGAAAAAAUCGAUAACACAUAUAUGUGCUGCCUGCUGCGGGAUUACCCGUUCUGUGAAGCGCCUCAUCAGGCGGUCUGCGUAGCUCAGUAAGCAACUAACUCUCACCAAAGCCAGACGGCAGCAGCAUGAUGAAUAAUAACAUUAACGGAACGGUGGACGGUGAAACAAUCGUAGAAUUUGACUCCCUCGAUUCCAAGGUUCAUGAGCUGAUAAACGCUGCCAUCAAGGUACGCCACAAUGCGUACUGUCCGUACAGUAACUUCGCCGUAGGAGCAGCGCUCCGAACAACCACCGGUGAAAUCAUCACCGGGUGUAACGUCGAGAAUGGAACGUACGGGCCGAGCGUUUGUGCGGAAAGGGCUGCUAUCUGUAAGGCUGUCAGUGAAGGCUUUCGAGAAUUUGAAGCCGUUGCCGUGGUAGGCUUACAGGAGACACAAUUCACCACUCCCUGUGGCACCUGCCGGCAGACUCUAUCCGAGUUCUGCCGCAAGGACAUUCCGGUGUACGUGGCUAAACCGGCACCGGCUCGGGUUCUGGUGACCUCAUUGUACAAGCUGCUGCCACAUGCGUUUUUCCCCACCUUUCUGAAAAACUAAGCUCUGACGUGGGCCAACUCUUAAUUAGAGAAAAAGUUUCGUGUAGUAUUUCGUCAUGCUGGUAUAUCGAAAGAAAAAAAAUGCUUUUCAACUGGUCAGUAUGUAUAGUAAAUUUAAUCAUGAACCUUACCUUACUCACACUAUACCAAAAGAUUUAGAUAAUAUAUUUACUUAAUGUGUUGAAACAA